GACUGCAUAUGCCGACGUGCAGACCGCAAUUUGGCCUUACUGAGCAACUCCAGCUUCUAACGUCACAUGCUAGACUUUUUUUUCUUUUUUCAAUGAUCCAUUUUCCAGGGUUCACUGAUCAGUACUGCGUGUUACACCGCUAACCGAUUUUACGAGCUCAUCCUUUAGAAACGAAUAAAAGUCAUCCAGACUGUUCGAGGACAUUACAACAGCCUCCCCGCCAGCAACAAAUGAAUAUCGCAUGCAGAUUGUGUUUUAGUGUGCGACGAUCGAGGUGAAAGCAACGCAAUGGCUCCCGUUGGAGCGGAGGAUGGUUUAGGAGUCCAACCCCACGCAGGAUUCUGGGGGCCUAAAUCCUCGACCCUAGACUGGUGCGAACGGAACUAUGCCACUACGACCUACAUCGCUGAAUUCUGGAACACAGUGAGUAACAUCGUCUUCAUCAUUCCGCCACUGUUCGGCAUCGCCUUCGCCUGGAGAGACCGAGUCGACCUCAGGUUCAUCCUAUCCUACAUCGGAGUAAUCUUUAUUGGCAUUGGAUCGAUUAGUUUUCAUCUGACGCUCCAUAUCUUUUCACAGAUGUUGGAUGAAAUCUCGAUGUUAUGGGCCACCUCCUUCUUUCUAUACUGCAUGAUGGAAACAAGAUCGAAACCAAGAAGUACCAAUGCAGGCCUGAUACAGGUCCUAUACCUCUACAACACCUUAGCAAGUCUGGCCCAUUUCGUAAUGCAGGAACCAUUAUUUUUCCAGGUUGCCUUUGGAACGCUUACCGUCCUUAUGCUGGCCCGUGGUUGCUACAUAGCAAUGAAUCAAGAUUGUUGUCGUUACCUUGUCUGGUACCCUGUGGUCCUGUACGUUAUUGCAUUCGCCUUGUGGAAUAUUGACAAUCUAUGCUGUGAACACGUGCAAUGGCUCCGAGAUUCUCUGCCGUCGCCAUUGGCUGGUUUCACGCAGCUCCACGCGUGGUGGCACGUGCUCGUCGGCAUAGCUUGCCACGCCCAGAUUCAAUUCAGUUGUCAUUCGAGGAACACCUUCCUGAAGCGGGACUGUACCGUUUGGACUUGGUGCGGAUUUCUUCCUUUCCUUAAAAUCCACGACAAGGAGCAACCAAGCCAAACCGACGUCUCCAAGCAACCACAAAACCGAACAGAAGAUGGCGCCAACUGCAAUAUAACGCACAAGGUUUCGACAGAAGGGGGCGCCCUACAGAGGAGUCACUGAAAGCAUAAUGCUGUGUAGCUUAGUUUAAUAACUUUACCUUUAAAAUACCCCAUGAGUAUAAUUAGCGUUUCUAAACAUCAUAUUUAUCAUCGUAUUUAAAAUAUUAUGGAGUCCAUGAGUUUUGUCGUUACUAAUAAUAUUGAGGACAUUAGUUCAACAGAAACAUCAUGUUAAUGUUACAUCACAGUUUCUGCAUUUCUGUAAUGUUGAAAGAAUUGAUCAUGGAUGUGGAUUAAGGCAGCUAUGUAUCCACAAGCUAUUCGAAUAAGCUUUGGCAAAGAAAUUCCUUUGUUUUUGUCCAUCCACUGUCUAUUGUGACUGAACGUGUGAAUGAACUUGUGAUUUACUUGGACAUAAUUAUGUUGGACUCGACUAUACAUCCCUGAAUUUAGGGAGAGGUAACGAAUAGGCGAGUGCAGAUGGGGUAAGAUUAAUGGUCAAGCUUAAGUCAUUUAAGUUAUAGCAAAGAAAAAUGUGUAUUAUUUUCCGCGCAUUAUACACCAGCUCUAUUGGUGGUAAGCUCUAUUGCUAGGUGAAUAGGCCCAAGCCUCGUUCAUUUUGAUUGAUUGAGUAACAUCAUGCUUCAGUCACUGUUUGGUUGCUCAGUAAUGUUAAGAUCGAGUAGACAGCCUUACGUAACUAUAGGGCCUACACCUUAUACAUUUCAUAUUUUACACAACACAACAUUUUAUAAUUUAUGAGCGAAAUAAAGAA